GCUCUUAUCAGCCAGGCUACAGCCCACGGUGUUUACUUUCAGCGCUGCCAUCAGUGCAUGUGCCAAAGGUGGGCAAUGGCAGAGAGCUGUACAUCUGCUGUCGAGCAUGCCUGCUCUUCGCGUCGCGGCUGAUACUGUGAGCUUCAAUGCAGGAAUCAGCGCCUGCGAAAGAAACGGACGGUGGCAGCUUGCUCUCCAUCUGUUGGCCAUCAUGCCUGCUGCAAGUGCUGCGCCCACUCGUAUCAGCUUCAAUGCGGCUAUCAGCGCCUGCGAGAAAGGCGACCAAUGGCGGGUCGCCCUGGAGCUCCUGGACCGCAUGCAGAAGAAGGAAGUGAAGCCUGAUGUCAUCAGCUUCAGUGCAGGCAUCAGCGCCUGUGAGAAAGUCGGACAUUGGGAAAUGGCUCUACAACUGCUUGAAGGGCUCUGCGAAGCCCAGCUUCAAGCGAACGAGUUCAGCCUCGAUGCUUGUAUAAGUGCCUGUGAAAAGGGCGGGGAAUGGCAGCUGGCUCUACACCUUCUCUCAGGCAUGCCGCAGGCCAGGAUUGCACGCAAUGAAUUCUCGAUGAGUGCUGGAAUCAGUGCCUGUGAGAAGGCCGGUGAAUGGCAACAAGCCAUUGGGGUGUUGGCUGAAAUCCCUCUUGCAACGGUGGCCUUCACUGAGAUCAGCUUCAACGCUUCUAUCAGCGCCUGUGAGAAGGGGGCCCGAUGGGAGUGGGCCAUUCAGGCAUUGUCCAAGAUGCCUGCGGCCCAGCUUCUUCCCGAUGAUAUCAGCUUCAGUGCGGGCAUCAGCGCUUGUGGCAGGAGCAUCAUCAUCGACCAAGGGGCUGUCUAG